UAGAUAAAAGAAGGGUGGUUAUCUGGGACUGAAAUGAGUGGUAAUACCUUAGUGUGUCAGAAUGGUAAAGAAAAAGAAAGCAAAAUGAAACAGACAUUGGGUUCUGAAGAGAAAGGUACGGGUUUUAGAGAGGAGAAAUGGAAGAGAGAGAUGGCUACUGGGUAUAUAAUAAUGAUGUAGUGUUAGAAACAAGAAUAAUAUAAGGUUAAGUCUCGCUGAUAAAUUUCCUACAUCAUAGUUGAGAAAAAAAACGGGUAGAAGAGAAGCAAGAGAAAAAUUGUACAUGUUGAGCUUUGAAUGGAGGAUUGAUAAAAGAAUUAGUAGUAGUUGAAGUUGUAGUAGGAGCAACAGAGGACCAAAUUGGGACCAGGAGAAGGGCAAGAAGGUGGGCCUUAAGAAAUCAUUUUGGUAAAAUUUAAAGCCUGAUUAAUUACAGUACCAGAGAGAGAGAGAGAGAGAGAGAGAGAGAGAGAGAGAGAAAGAGACCAGAGAUGUAUAAAUGUGAGAUUUCCCUGUUGGUAGGCUUAUAAAAGGGAGGGUUGGGUGUUGGGUUCUGCCCUUCCUUUAAAGGUGUAGAAGAGUAGGGAAGCAAAGAGAAAAAACAGAAAAUAAAAAAAAAAGAAAAAGAAAAGAAGAGAGAGAGAGAGAGAGAGAGUUAGAGUCUGUAAUUCUGAGUAGCUGUUGAUAAUGGAAGAACAUCUCAGCCCUUUAGCUGUUACUCAUCUUCUUCAACACACACUAAGAAGUUUGUGCAUUCAUGAGAAUUCCCAGUGGGUUUAUGCUGUCUUCUGGAGGAUCUUGCCUAGAAAUUACCCUCCACCCAAAUGGGAUGGUCAAGGAGCUUAUGAUAGGUCAAGAGGAAACAGAAGAAACUGGAUAUUGGUAUGGGAAGAUGGUUUCUGUAACUUUUCUGCAUCAGCAGCUGAGAUCAACUCUGGUGAUUGUCCGAGUUCAUCUGCUUAUGGAAACUGUGAAUUUCAACCCUAUCAAGGUCUUCAACCAGAGCUCUUCUUCAAGAUGUCCCAUGAAAUCUACAACUAUGGAGAAGGAUUGAUCGGUAAGGUAGCAGCUGAUCAUAGUCAUAAGUGGAUAUACAAAGAACCAAAUGAUCAAGAAAUCAACUUCUUAUCAUCAUGGCAUAACUCGGCUGAUUCACAUCCUAGGACAUGGGAAGCCCAGUUCCAGUCUGGUAUAAAGACCAUCGCCUUGAUUGCAGUUAGAGAAGGUGUUGUUCAACUAGGUGCCCUGCACAAGGUUAUUGAAGACCUGAGCUAUGUAGUUCUACUAAGAAAGAAAUUCAGCUACAUAGAAAGCAUUCCUGGUGUACUUUUGCCACAUCCAUCAUCAUCUGCAUUUCCUUACAAGGUUGAUGGGUAUGGAACACCAGACUCAUGGCAUUAUCAAGGUACUAUUGCACCACCAACAGAGUACUAUCAUGAUCAUUUCAAUCAAGUCCCAUUCAAGAUUACACCAUCCAUGAGUAGCCUUGAAGCCCUGCUCUCAAAACUCCCAUCAGUUGUUCCACCACAGCCAGGUUCAGGUUACUGCACUACUGAGUCACAGCCACAGUCACAGUAUCUAUCAACUCAAAGACCUGCUGCGUUCAUGGGAAUGGAGAAAGUUGCCAAGGAAGAGAUUGAUGAAGAUUAUAAUAGAACUGAACAUGAUAUGGGUGAGACAAGCAGUUCAAUGUCAGCGUAUCGUAGACAGCAAUUUCAUCAACACCAUGGCCAAGAUUUGAAUGUUACUACUACUAGUAGCAGACUCAAUAAUGGUUGUUUUGAGUGAUUUUUUAUAUAUACUCAUUGUUGCAUUGCUAGCUAUAUAAAUAUUUAUACAUAUAUAAAUUAGGCUAUGCAGGGAUCGCUUCAGUAUUGAUUUCUAAGGUAAGGUCUUACGUUGUAAGCUUUUUUUCUAGUCUCGGUGCCAUGGCAUAUGUUUCUACUGAAGCUUUUAGGUAUCUUUGGCUUCUGUGAAAUGAAAGCUAUUCUUGUCCUAGA